CGUCCGAACGGCCUUUUAACUAAUCGCUUUCAUCAAAGUUGAUCGCCAGCCAACUUUGAGCUCGUUCAACUUUUUUUCCUUGCAACCAUGGCACAAUAAACAGGUAGCAGCAUCGUAGCAAAUACAACAACUGCAUGUAUUUUGUUGUUGCUUGGGGUCCAUAAAGUGUCAAAAGACAAAUGUCAAAUUUGCUGAGUUUGUCAAUUCAAAAGAAAAGCAAAAUUGUCGGCAAGUCAAUAAACUUAUGGGCAUGGUACAAGUCGUUGCGUUGUAGAGCAGAAGCAGCAGAUGUGGCCAAUGCUGUGGAUGGCGGCCGGCCAUGGUGAUCCUUUUCGGACUCACCCAGAAACUACGUAUGUACGUCGUGUAGCUUCUUGGGAAGAAUACAAUUAUGUGAGCUACACGAUUUACUUCGCAUUUUCAUGCGCUUGCUACUGCUGAAUUGUUUCGCGGAUACCAUGGUACAAUGCAAAGAUGCAAUAAUUUGUCUACGCUGCGAUUCUCAAGGAAGAAAGUACAAUACAAAACAACAACAACCAAAAAAGAAAGUACAAUACAUUAUUUUAACGCAAUUGCAAAUAUGGCCGGGUUUGUAGCAGUCCACACUGGUGCUGGAAAUUGCAUAGAUGAAACCAAAUACCAGCGCGUUAUCAAAGAAGCCUGUGUACGAGCCACAGACAUACUUAAAAAUGGUGGUUCCGCAAUGGACGCAGUUGAGGCGGCGAUAAUGCGUCUAGAAAAUUGUGGCAAUACUAAUGCCGGGUUUGGGUCCAACCUCUGUUGGGAUGGGCGAGUGCAAUGUGAUGCAUCCAUAAUGAAUGGUUCGAAUUUACAUUUUGGAGCCUGCACAAACGUGAGUACAGUACGAAAUCCGAUACGACUAGCUCGUUUGAUAUGCGAUGGGCAGUCAACUAUGCUAUCAAUGGAGCGCAUACCGCCAAUGGUAAUGGCUGGUAGUGGCGCGGAAAGGUAUGCUGAAGAACUAGGUUGUACGAUGAUCGACGCCAGCGUCAUAAUUUCUUCCAAGGCGAAAUUCUCAUAUAACCACUAUAAAUCUAAAAUAGCGGCAGUAUCACCCGCAGCAGAAGGAACCACUAGCACAAGUAAUGGAAUGUCGACGAUACCAGUUGUCUCAGCUCAAGUUAGUGCCCUUGAUACUGUUGGAGCAGUGUGUGUUGAUAGUAACGGGAAUACAGCUGCUGGUUGCAGAUCUGGUGGACUAUUAUUGAAGGUGCCAGGACGCGUGGGUCAGGCAGCCACCUAUGGUGCACAAACUUUUAUGUUGGGACAGUAUUUUCAUAGCAUGUUCGUUGUUGGUCGAAAAUCAGGUAUUGCGAAUACGUAAAAAAGGAAAUAACAACUUUAAAAUCCACAGCUUAUCUGAACGCUGUGAAAUUUUGUAAAUUUGUUUGUUAAAUUGCCAAAAUUGAUCUAUUUGUGAAGUUUUUUGUGGCCCUAAAAAGGGCCUUGCAAGCAUUCACUAAAAUAUUAUCUCUGCGAACCUUUUUGGCCCUAAAAAGGGCCUUUAAAGCGUACAUGCUUUUAUUGCAAAUCUGAUCUCUUUGUUUAGUUUUUGCGGCUCUGAAAAGGGCCUUUGAAAUGUUGAAAGUGUUUACUGAAAUUAAAUGAAUUUAUAUUGUUUAUGAAACUGUACGCGGUUUAAAAGUGUCACUCACCAAAAGUACAUAUCUGUGGUUUAAUUAUCGUUGUAUUGGGCUGUGCUGAAAUAAAAAUAUAAUUUAUAUUUAUUUAAGAAGCUUUAAGUCUUUACUUUACCAGAUCAGAGAGUUAUUUUAUUCAACUUUUUGUAGCGCAACAUCCUGUGCUUAGCUUUCUGCACCUGCAGGCGUUUGUUCAAAUGUCUUACGCGGAAAAAUAUGCGGCACUUAAAAAAAAAUCUUUUCACAUUUUCCGGAAGAUCCACAUGUGUGCUUUGGUCGAGUAAGUGGUGUUUUAUAUUACUGCAACGCACGAUUUCGGUUGAAUUUACUGUGUGAAAAACUGCCUCCAGACACUUCACACCAUUGAGGAAAUUAGUAGAGGGUUUUUUCAAAAAUCCCUUUGA